AACAGCAAGAUCCGCCGAGGCUUCAAUACUCCUCUCAUUCGAACUGUCUCGCUCGUCUCAUCAUCCGUACGCGACGGCCGAGAACGUGACCUUUGCCACAGAGCCAGAAAGCGGGGGAGAGCCCAUUGCAGGCCCCUGUGAGAUCAGCAGGCAAGCUUCUGCAGGUGGCGGCACCAGGUGGCGUCGGACCCCAGACUCUCGAGCAGCCCAGACCAAUCCGGACGCAGCACACACCGCUGAACCGCACCGGACACAACAGGAUGGAGAGCGACAAGGACCGGCUGCUGAGCUCAUCAGAAGCGCAUGAGCUGUCAAACCAAGAGCCAAUCCACGAUUUCUGCCCUCGUCAGCUGGGCGAGCCGUCGAUGAGCCAAAGCCAAAGUCAACAAGCGGGGCGGAAUUUCGAAUUCGAUGAAGACAAUGGUCUAGGCAAGACCGGCCUGCUUGGCGAGGGCAUCAUACCACUCUCAGGGCAGGCUUCCCCGCACACCGAGCGCCAUCUUCAACCGCCCGCGCUAUCGGUCCCUAUAAAGACUGCAACCCUGGGUCAAUCACGCGCCGCCGCUAGUGGCGAACAAGAAUCGCUCGUUCUCCCUGUCAACCACGCACCAUCAUCCACCAUGAUCUUCUCUGAUCUAUACAAGUCGCCAAAGACGACUUUCAGCAAAAUCCGCAAUUCAUUCCCCCAUGGCCUUCCUCCGCCUUCAGAUCUGGAUGCCGAUCUCGUGAGCAGGGACAAGGCCAGGAAUAAGGAGGCCGUGAGGAAGUAUCUCGACGAGAAGGUUCGCAACGAUUGGGAGUUUACAUGGCCGCCCGUGGCAGCUUCGCCACCAGCCCCCGCUGCGCACGCAGCGGACGAGGAAGAGCCGAGGGAUCUAGGGGAGGAGGCAGACUCCGAGUCAGACGCCGAGUCUGUGUAUAGCACCAUUUCGGAAGACCCUGUGCACUUUCGGCCACGGGCAGAGUGGACCUCAGAUCUCUCCGACAGUGACGAACCGCGCCCUCCAGCCUCCCCCUUCCGGUUUGACAACCCUAAAGCUGUCGGCGCCGCCGUGCGCAACUCGGUUGAGACGAAGCGCGCCCGCCGGAGGAGAGCUGUGCGCGACGAGAUGAAAUGGAACCCCGGCCUGGCAUGCUUCGAAGCACGGCGCAACGCCUGGACAGGCGCAAAGACGGUGCGGGUGAAGCCGAAACCACCGAGCCCUGUUUCACCCUCGUCCGCCCGCCGUUUGUUCUGGAGGCAUCACCGGACGCAGUCCUCCGUCUCACACACCACCACCAUCACACCCGGCUCACCGCCCACUCCCCAAUCUCCCCUCCAACGCACGGCAACCCGCACUUCCACCGCAACUGGCUCCGAGUCCGACUCAGCCGGCGUACAAAGAACAAGCUCCCAAGAGUCGACGGCGCCGGCGGUUCACUAUCCAGUCCAAACCGUCCUCCCCGUCCCACCCCCGUUGCUCCCGCCCCAAAACCCCAUGCGCGCCUCGGUCCAGCCCUCCAUGUACGGCUCGCUGUACGACAAGGUUGUCGUCCAAAACAUGCAGCCAUCCUGCCCCGUCAACCUCGCCGACAUGUUGCGCGCCUGCGUUGUCGGGUGGAAGCGUGACGGCGAAUGGCCGCCCAAGCCGAGCUACCCGGCCCCGGCGCCUGCCCAGACGUCCAACGCCGACGUGCUGGCCGCGCGCCAGCGCAAGGCGCAGCUACAGCGGAAUAAAAACGCCGUGGCCGUCACCGCCACCACCACCAAUGCCGGCGGGAGGAGGUUGAGUUUUGUGGGCUUUUUCAAUGGAGGAGGGGGAGUUGCGGGGCACAAGACUGCUGCUGCUGUCACGACGGCUACUGCCAUGAUGCAGGAUGGAGCGAGGGAUGAGAACAAGGAUCAGGAUAAGGAGGGGAAGGAGAACGGACAUACUCCGGGCCAAUCGCACUCUCACUCGGACGAGGGUGCCGGGUCGUCGGGCAAGGCACUGUUUAGGAGGAGUUUGCAAAGGGUCUUGUCGCUGGGUCAGCAUGGGCAUGCACACGGUGGCGGCGGCGGUGGUGCUGUUGCUGCUGUGAAUGGGGCUGCAGGUGGGAAUGGUGCGGGCGCGCCACUUUCGCCUACCAGCCCUACUACCAAGGAGGUUACAGCUGCUGGUUGAUUAGGGGUUGACUGGUUGGGAGGGCUGGUGCUGUACCCCAGUGUGUGUUGGUGCAUCCAUGUUGCUCAAGUUUUGCUUCAAUCAUGGAUGGUUUGAAAUAUAUACCGAGUCGGUUGAUACCCCGGAUGUUUGUUAUUUUGGUAUGUUAGGAUGAUGGGAUGCUAUGAACGGCAGGGGAAGAGUCCACGGGCAAGGGUAUGUGUGGCAUGAUCGACUCAAAUCAUAUAUCCUGGAAGUGGAUAUAGAGCCAGAAUACCAAACGUCAUCUAUCUUGCC